CGCGCCCGCGGCCGCCGCCCGCGGGGCCGGUGAAGGGGCGGCGGCGCUGCCGGCGCGGGGCCGGGGCCGGUGCGGGGGCGGUGCCGGGGGCUCUGCGGCGCUGCCGGCGAGCGGCGGCGCUGCCGCUCCCGAACCCGACGGCGCACAAAGGGCACCCCCCCACGCCCCGAACCAACCCCCCCGCCGCAAAAACGCACCCCAAGCGCGGCCCCCUCCGCCGGCGCUCAGGUGGGGCUGGCGGCGGGCGCUCGGGGGCGCGGGGCGGUGGGGGGGUGGGGGGGGGGAGCGGCGGCCGGCGGGCCGGGGCCCGGCAUUGUUCGGCAGCCGACAACAAAGAGCGGGGCCGGGCCGGGCCGGGGGGGCAGCGCCGGCCCCUCCGCGCCGCCCCGGCCAAUCGCGGCGCGCGGCGGCGGCGCGCGGUGACAGCGAGCGGCGCUUACGCUGCGGCGCCCGGCGCGGCCCCCGCUCCCCGCCCCGCGCCCGCCCGCCUCUCCAGAGCCGUCUGGCUGCAGCAGAGCCUCAGACAGAGGAGGGGAGAGGAGGAAAAAAAAAACGCUGAGUGAGUGGAGUGGAGCCUGGGAGGGGCUCCUUAAAGAAACGCUGCCGCCGCUUGGCAUUGUGGCCGGCGAGGAACUCGAGGGGGGGAAGCCAUCGGAGCUCCUCUCGCUUAUCCUCUUCCCACCCCCCCCACCCCACCCCCAGCCGACAAAAAAAAAAAAAAGGAAAAAAAAAAAAAGCCAACCGAAAAAACCUCGGGGGGGAGUCGUGGGGGGGGUCCUGAGAACAUCUUAUAAACCGGAUUGCACUGAGAGGAGGAAAAAAAAAGCAAAAAAGAUACAAAAUAUACAAGCAAAAGGCAACAAUUCCCCGGUCUCCAGCAGUCGCCCACCCUCCCUUCCCUUCUCUCCUGCUGGCCAUCUGCCUUGGGUUCUCCUUUGUGUCUGAUCUCUUACUACUGAGCCGAGCGCAGGCGGAGGGUGCACCACACACAGGGACUAUGCCCAGCUCGCUUUUUGCAGACAUGGAGAGGAACGGGAGCGGCGGCGGCGGCGGUGGUGGUGGUGGUGGCGGGGGAGAGACCCUGGAUGACCAAAGAGCCCUUCAGAUCGCCCUGGAUCAGCUCUCCCUGCUGGGGCUGGACAACGACGAGACGGGCUCCAUUUACGACAACGAGCCUCGGAAAAAGAGCGUGAACAUGACUGAAUGCGUCCCGGUGCCCAGCUCGGAACAUGUCGCUGAGAUAGUGGGGAGACAAGGUUGUAAAAUCAAAGCUCUGCGGGCAAAGACCAACACCUACAUCAAGACCCCGGUUCGCGGGGAGGAGCCGCUCUUUGUUGUGACGGGCAGAAAGGAAGAUGUGGCCAUGGCCCGCAGGGAGAUCAUCUCUGCGGCCGAGCAUUUCUCCAUGAUCCGAGCCUCGCGGAACAAGAACACAGCCCUGAACGGCACCGUUCCCGGCCCCCCGAACCUGCCCGGCCAAACCACCAUCCAGGUGCGGGUGCCUUAUCGCGUGGUGGGCUUGGUCGUGGGGCCCAAGGGGGCGACCAUCAAGCGCAUCCAGCAGCAGACGCACACGUACAUCGUGACCCCGAGCCGGGACAAGGAGCCGGUCUUUGAGGUGACAGGCAUGCCAGAGAACGUGGACCGGGCCCGGGAGGAGAUCGAGGCACACAUCGCCAUGCGCACGGGCGGCAUCAUCGAGCUGACGGACGAGAACGACUUCCACGCCAACGGCACGGACGUGGGCUUCGAGCUGAACGGCACGGGCAGCCUCUGGAGCAAGCCCACGCCGCCCAGCAUCACCCCCACCCCGGGCCGCAAGCCCUUCUGCAACUACCGCAACGACAGCUCCAGCUCGCUGGGCAGCGCCUCCACCGACUCCUACUUCGGGGGCGGCACGGGGGGGGGCGGCAGCGCCCGCCUGGCCGACUACAGCCCCCCGAGCCCGGCGCUGAGCUUCUCGCACAACGGCAACAACAACAACAACAGCGCCAACGGCUACGUGUACGGCGGGGGCGGCGGCGACGUCCUCUCCUCCCCGGACUGCUGCUCCGAGCUGCCCUUCGACUCGCCGCCCGGCUUCGACCUGGCGCCCGCCCCGCCGCCCGGGGCCGCCCUCCUCUGGCCGCAGUUCGAGCGCGGCCCCGCCGCGCCGCCCUCGCCCGCGCCCUCGCCCGCCGCCGCCGCCGCCUUCCCGGGCGCCGCGCCCGCCAAUGCCAACCUGGCGCUGCUGGUGAGCGGCCCCCGGCGCGGCGCCGCCCCGCCCCCGGCGCGGCUCUCCCCGCCCCUGCACGGCAGCGCGGCCGGCACCGAGCACCCGCUGGCGCGGCGGGUGCGCAGCGACCCCGGCGGGCGGCUGCUGGCCGCCUCCUACCCGCUGUACGCCAACGGGCUGGGCGCCCACCUGCCCGGGCUGCCCUCCGACUCCUCCGCCUCCUCCUCCUCCUCGUCCAGCUCCUCGUCCAGCUCCUCCUGCUCCUCCUCUGGCGUGCGGCGGAAGGGCAGCCGCGACUGCUCGGUGUGCUUCGAGAGCGAGGUGAUCGCGGCGCUGGUGCCCUGCGGCCACAACCUCUUCUGCAUGGAGUGCGCCAACCGCAUCUGCGAGAAGACGGAGCCGCAGUGCCCCGUGUGCCACAGCGCCGUCACCCAGGCCAUCCGCAUCUUCUCCUGAGCGCCGCGGGCCGGGGGGACACGAACCGGGGGGGCCGGCGGGGCCGGGGCCGCCGCCCGCCGAGGGGUGCGGGCUGCGGCCGAGGGAGGGCUGGGGGGUGGUGUGACAGCGGGUGCAUGCUAUAAAUAAUAACGGGCGACUCCAUUCUAGUGCUAGGCUAGUUUUUACACUGUACUUUAAUACGAAGCUUCCAAAACUCCCCUUUUUUAUAAACAAACAAACGAACAGAAAAAAAAAAAAAAAAACAGAAAAAAAAUUUGAAAGUAGAAGAUGCUUAUGAUGAUGACAAUGGUGUGUGGACUGUUAGUAAAACGUGCUGGUAGUUCUAGGAUGCUUAUUACAAAAUAAUUAAAUCUAUGGGUGGAUACUUUUCUGAAUGUUCUUGAAAGGGCAAGAAGUUCCUGUGAAAAAACCAUGAUACUGCAGCUUUAUCAGACUUUUAAAAAGAAAAAAAGAAAAAAAAAA